GCGAGAGAGGGCGAAGAGGGGAAAGAAGAACGUUCGAGAAGAGUGAGGUUGAAUCUCGUCGUCGCGUCGUAGCGCCAUUUCUUCAAAAAUCCUGCAUCUCCCACGAAAUUCAAAAUCCACAGGAAGUUUCGUGCGAAGAGGCGUCGUCACAUUACAGAUCUCCUUCGUCUUCUCAUUCAAACUUGGCGUGCGCUGCGCUUGUUCGAAUCAAUCAAUCAAUCAAUCAGGUACAAUCUCUGUUCUGUGAUUAUCGGAACAACAAGCUCGGCGAUGGAGAAUGGAGCAGUUUCGUCGGAGACCCAACAGGGGGCGUCCUACACCUAUUGGGUCAGGGAAGCGCGGAAGGACGCCGCCCCACUUCCUGUCCCUCGCAAGCUCUCCGCUGAGGACAUUGUCGCUUCUCAAGCGUCUCAGCCUCCUACCCUUGGCUCCGUCUGGAAUCGGGCUGGAACAUGGGAGGAGAAGAACUUGAAUAAAUGGGCGAGUGGUAGAAUGAAGGAGUUGCUAAUGUCAGUGGCUUCCUUGGAGUUCUCCAGCGGUAAAGCAGAGAUAGCGGAUGUAUCAAAAUGUGUUGGAGAUGCUUUUUUAGUGACUGUACGUAACAAGAAACGUGUUGGUUAUACAUAUGAACUUACAUUGAAAGUUAAAGGUGAGUGGACUAUUAGAGAGGAGAAGAAGACGGUGAAGGGGGAUAUAGAUGUCCCAGAAUUUUCAUUUGGUGAGCUAGAUGACUUGCAGAUGGAAGUGAGAUUGAGCGAAGAGAAGGAUCUUCUGGCUGAGGAUAAGUUGCGGGUUUGCCAAGAUUUGAAACGGUUUUUGCAGCCUGUUCGCGAACAGUUGCUUCAAUUCGAACAGGAACUCAAAGAAAGAUAAAAGGUGCUUUCCUCUCAAUAUGUACUAAUUAUAAUUGUACUUUCAAACUGUUGAUUGGCAAGAAUGUCUUAUUGGAUUCCUUUAGGCUUUCACGGAUCAUAAUUUAUGAACAGAACAGCAUUUUUAAGCUGGCAGCCCUUGAGAUGCUGAAAUUGUAAUACAUCUAAAUAACUGAUUUGUUGUGGGAAGUUAAACUCUUGAAUGUUUCAGGUAGUUUGAGGGCCUGCUAUUAUUUUUUAUUAGGUCCCUUGGAAACAAGUCUGCUAUAUGUCGUGUUAGUGGGAUGAUAUUUUUAAUUCAUUUGGAUGGAUAUUCUCUCGUCAA